CUCUGCUAGGAGUGACAGGGUAGAUGUACGACUCUGCUAGGAGUGACAGGGUAGAGGUACGACUCAGCUAGGAGUGACAGGGUAGAGGUACGACUCAGCUAGGAGUGGUCCUACACUACAACAACAACACCAUCACUGCCUAACAAGAUAUGCCACAUAAUGCCCCUCAGAGGACCAGUGCCGUCAUAUUUGUGACAUCAUGGACGCUAGGUACCCUGACUGUGCUUGCUGUGCUGCUACUUGCUUCAGAAAUUGCACCCACUCCUUGGACCCACAUCACAGUCCGAGGUACAAAGUGCUUCCAGUCACCAAUAAAUGGUUGGUACCUCUCCGAUGGUAAACACAACUGCCUCAAUGGUGCUGAUAUUAGUGACGUUAAGAGGACCAUACAUCCUGACAACACAUACUAUACCUUUCAGGUCCCCGAGAUGAAAGGCGUUACAACGGUGGGCUUCUCAAGAUGGCAGUGGAGACUAUAUGGUGUGCUACGCCUGCAUCUACUGUUUAAUGAUGGGCAUCUAUCAAGGCACAGUAACGACAUAGUCUUGAAGUCACAACUAGGAUACAUGAGCAGUGAUGACCUGUAUAAACCUACACUGAUUGCAACAAACUAUCAAGAACGCAAGCUAUACUGCAGUUAUGUAAAAGAACACGUGUUUGAUGGAACAACAUAUGACUGCUCUCCCCAGGUGGUUGUGGUUCUGUACUCGCUUCACCAUGAAUACUACCUCAUCAACAUGAUGAUUCCUCAUCACAGGGAAGAUACAAAUGAAUGGGUUAAUCGGAAUUUUGGACGUGUUAAAGAUGUGUAUAUAACGUUUUUCAGUCUGGCUGAUUGGUACACAAAGUUACUAGUAUUGCUGCAGACACUUUUCUUCCCUGUUGUGAUCACCAUCUUGUGGAAGUUCAGAAAGAGUGUGGGCGAACUUGAACGGCCUCCCACCCACCUUGAGUGUGUUUUGGCACUACUGGCUGUGGCUCUUACCAUAAUGAACUGUCCCUUGGAGAUUGUAACGCUCGUUGCUGACUGUCCGUGGAUGAUCGUAGUUAAUGACAUUCGACAUAACUUUUUCUAUGCUUCGUUCAUGACUUUCUUCCUAUACCUUACUGAUAAACAUCUGGAGCCUGGCAAGUUGUGUCCACAUGCCAAGAAAGCCAUCAACAUAAGCAUCCGGUCUGGGAGUCUGGCCAUCUUGAUCGUGGACAUGAUAGAACACCUGGUCAACAUGGAGCAUCCUCUGGCAGUAACAUUUGAGAGUAUGCACUUAAACAUGUCCAUGCUAUUCUUUGCUAUGUUGGGUUGCUACCUCACCUGCAUCACCGUCAGGACCUGCUCGGCACUGGUGACUAUUGCAAAGAAAGGACCAGCUUAUGAAGAAGAAAGAAGCUGUCAGGAAGUGGUAGUUCUGAUUAUCACUUGGAUCUGUUUUGCUCUGAGUGCAGCUGAUUUUAUCAUCAAACGUCUGCAUGAUGGCAUGUGGAUGUGGGAUUAUACUUUCGGACAACUGGAAAUCCAGAAUACUGGCGGAUUUCUUCUGGGUGUGUACUGUAUGUGGAAUGUGUACACGUGUGUACUGUUGGUUGUGUACACACCUCUGAAAAAACCACCACAGUCACGAGGGAGAUUAGACAGAAAUAGAGUCGUGGGAGUACCUCUGCGUGCCAGACAAUCUCCCUCUUUCGUUGAUUUAAGAGUCACUACAUUAUGAAGCUCAUCUGUGAUAUAGGUCUGUCAGAAAUUUCUCGACUCUGUAGUAAAUCACAAGUGAAUUUGUGACCUGAUGCAAAUACGAGUGAAUUUUUCAAGAAUGUUUCAAGAUGUUCCUUCACACCUGGUCACUCAUAUAUGAGACUACGUACACCUGUACAACUGGUCGCUCUUGUAUUAGACUUUACAACUGGUUGCUCUUGUAUUAGACUGUACAUCUGGCCACUCAUGUAUAAGACUAUACACCUGGUAACUUGUGUAUAAGACUAUACACCUGGUUGCUCAUGUAUAAGACUAUACAUCUGGCCACUUAUGUAUAAGACUAUACGCCCAGUAACUCAUGUAUAAGACUAUACAUCUGGCCACUUAUGUAUAAGACUAUACGCCCAGUAACUCAUGUAUAAGACUAUACAUCUGGCCACGUAUGUAUAAGACUAUACGCCCAGUAACUCAUGUAUAAGACUAUACAUCUGGCCACUUAUGUAUAAGACUAUACACCCAGUAACUCACGUAUAAGACUAUACACCCAGUAACUCAUGUAUAAGACUAUACAUCUGGCCACUUAUGUAUAAGAAUAUACACCCAGUAACUCAUGUAUAAGACUAUACACCCAGUAACUCAUGUAUAAGACUAUACAUCUGGCCACUCAUGUAUAAGAAUAUCCAUAUCAGAGGCCUCAUGACCUUUUAUGAUUUUUUUUUUUAGGGUCAGAAACAAUACUGUCUCAAUUAUAUUUGAAUCUUUUUACACUUCCAUGAGUGUUAUGCAAUAUUUGAAAACCUCAGAAAUUUAAACUUGGAUAUAAUUUCAGUGAAUUAAUAUUUUUUUAAUUAUAUUAACCAUCGUAACUGAUUUUUAUCAUACCGUUGAUGCUCUAUGACCCAUACGGGUUUAGUACUUUCUUGUGAAUACAGCAAUACUCAAAUAAUUAUACAUUAAUUCCUCAACUUACGAACAUAUUGGGGACCAUCUGUAUUGUGUUUAAUAAUUAUUUAAUAAUGAUACACAAUAAUGAUACACAAUAAUGAUAUAAUAAUGAUAUUAUACAAAAUGCAGAUUCUCAACAUGUUUGUACCAGAGGACUUACUGUACUGUAAUGUUAUAGUGAUUUUAUUUAGAUUUUUAAGAUUUGAUAUUUAUUUACAGUAAACUUGCAAUAUAAGGGACUAAGAGGCAGCGGGUGGAUUGUAAUGGUGAUUGUUGAGUUGUUUGGUCAUGAUUGUAACUGUAACCAGAGGACUUUGUUGUUCCUAGAUGAGUUGACUUAGCUGAGUGCAUUGUGUAUUUGCACAGUCUGUUAUAUUGAGAGUUUACUGAUAUCACCAGUGAUGUUUGUUGUGUACUUAAUUAGCUUCUUAAGAGUCGUCUGAGUGCCAUCAUUGUUGCAUCGCCACUUGUGGCAUAAACCUUUGUAACUGAUGCCGACAAUUGGUUUAAAAAGAUAUGUGGGCAAACACUAGGAUAUGUUUACUAACCUGGAUUUUGGCCAUGGUGGUGCUUUUUCUUUUCCGCUGUGCAAUGUCUCAAUAUAUCCUAGUAUUUUCUCACGUAUUUUUCUAAACCACAGAUAUUUUGGAGAGAAAUUUGUCAGUGUAUUGAGGUAAUUUGUACGCAACCUUCGUACUUGCUGAACUGUUGAUAUUUUAUAUGAAAUAUUUUGAUGUGGGCUUUAAGUAGCUAAUAGUGCAUUAUAAAUAAUGUGAGAGGAGUGACUAUGAGGAAGCCUGGUAAGGGAGUGUGUAGUGAGGAUAAUCAACCUCUGGCAUCAUCACUAGUCUA